AUGUUUGCACAAAUCAAAAAGCAAGUUUUUUUUAUUUGUUUAGAAAACGUUACCUUCAGAAUAACAAAAUAUGAACUAACUGUUCCAAAGGACCAUCUAUUUCUUUAUGAUAAUGUCUCUGACCAGUCUUACUAUGAAAAACGUACUGAUUUCAGCAUCAGAAACUUGAAAAUCUAUAAAAGUCCAUAUGUUCGAGAAAAUAACUUCUCAAAUAGUCAUUAUAGUCCUGACGUUUCCGAGUAG